UCGCUCUACCGACUGCGCUAUAGCCGCGGCAAUGCUGCAGGGCUCCAUUUCUUCUAACAAAUGUGAGGACGAGGCCAGCAUCCGUCACCACAUCGCCGUAAUGAAAGAAGAGACAGCGAAAGUGGCUGCGGACAUGGAUCUGAUUCGAGACCGCAUGAAGCGGACGUUCAAAACACGGCAAGAUCUUAUUCUGCGUGAAACUGGCGUGCGCACAGUCAUCGAGGAAUUUCCAGCGGUCACGCUGCCUGGCAUGCUAUUGCAGGACGCUAAAUUGGCGUUUGGUAAGGACUUCCUGGAGGAUAUGAGGACAAAGAUGAAAACAUUCGAGGUGUCCACCCUACUAUUCCUCAAGGGAAAAAAUUCCCCCCUGGACUUCCAGGAGCUUAUCGAAGAGGAUCCAGAGAAGGUGGCCCUCUUUAACUUGCCCCUCAUCUUCAACGAGAAGCGUCAGCUGUUGUUCACAACCGAGGAAGUCCGGAUACUGACGCCAGUCAUACAAGUUGAAGAAAAAAAACACCACAUUUUUUUGGAUGGCGUACGGAUCGUCAGCGGCAUCAGCACAACGGUAGAAGCUGUCAGCACCUUGCUGGCAGCUUACUACGUAUUUGAUGUAAAGUAUCCGACUGGCAUCGCCCACACCAUGGGCUUUCUCGGGCACCAUUUUUGUUCACUCGGCGAAAAUAUGCCCAUUCCAGUUAAAAGAUUCGAAAGUUUUUUGGCGGUAUAA